AUGUCAAAGGUAGGAGAAAAUAAUUCUGCAUGGUCUUUGUCGGGAAAAACAGCUCUAGUUACCGGUGGAAGUCGAGGAAUUGGCCGUGCAAUUGUGGUGGAGCUAGCUCAACUUGGUGCCACAGUCCACACCUUUUCGAGAAAAGAAGCAGAUCUGAAUGAAUGCUUGCAAGAAUGGUCCUCCAAGGGAUUCAAAGUGACUGGUUCAGUCUGCGAUGCAUCUUCAAGAGAGCAAAGAAAUCAGCUCAUCGAAAAGGUCUCUUCCAUCUUCAAUGGGAAGCUCAACAUCGUUGUAAACAACGUUGGAACAACCAAAAUGAAGCCAGCUGAAGAGUUUACCUUGGAAGAAUAUGACAUGAUCAUGUCUACAAAUCUUGAAUCUUCUUUCCACUUUUCCCAACUCGCUUAUCCUCUCCUAAAAGCCACUGGGAUUGGAAACAUCGUCUUCAUUUCUUCUAUUGCUGGCUUGGUCAGUGUAGAAGGUGCAUCUGUUUAUGCAGCAACAAAAGGUGCAAUGAAUCAACUCACCAGGAAUUUGGCUUGUGAAUGGGCUAAAGAUAACAUUCGCGUAAAUUGCCUUGCACCUGGGGCUAUUAAAACCCCAUUAACGGAAUCUGUGCAGGAUUAUGAUGAAAAAUUGAAGAAAAUGGAUGCAAGAACCCCAAUGAAUCGAGCUGGAGAACCAGAAGAGGUUUCAUCCCUCGUUGCUUUCCUUUGUCUGCCAGCCGCUUCCUACAUAACCGGACAGGUUAUAGCUGUCGAUGGAGGACUGACUGCAAAUGGAAUCCAGUGGAAUUAAUCAUUAAAGGCUCUAUCUUG